CUUUCUCGGCCACCACAGAAAACCACUGAGAGGAGAGCUUCCCUUUUAGAGCCAGAAUUGUGCCAGCAAAAUGCAGGACAGCUACACUGUGUUCCUUCUGGGUGUCGGCUGCCUCAUUUCCAGCUUAAGAGCUCAAAUCCAGGAUGAUGAUAAGUGUCUGGACACCACAGCUUGUCCUGUGUAUGCUAUUUGCAACAACGCUCUUGGAAAAUAUUUUUGCACUUGCAAAAAGGGAUUUUCUUCGAGCACUGGAGAACAGCAGUUUGUGGGCCAAGGAGUAGAAUGUGAAGAUAUCAAUGAGUGUCUCCAGAAUUCCUCAGAAUUCUGUCUUCAGAAUUCCAACUGUAAAAAUGUCAUGGGAAGUUACACCUGCACCUGCAGGGGUGGCUUUGUUUCCAAGAACUGCCAGUGUGAAGAUGUUGAUGAGUGUCUGGACACCACAGCUUGUCCCGCAAAUGCAACUUGCAGCAACACUCAUGGAAAAUAUUUUUGCACUUGCAAUAAGGGAUUUGCAUCGAGCAGUAGAAAACAGAGGUUUGUGGGUCAAGGAGUGGAAUGUAAAGAUGUUGAUGAGUGUCUGGAUACCACAUCUUGUCCCGCAAAUGCAGCUUGCAGCAAUACUCAUGGAAGGUAUUUUUGCACUUGCAAUAAGGGAUUUGCAUCGAGCAGUGGAGAAAAGAGGUUUGUAGGUCAAGGAGUGGAAUGUAAAGAUAUUGAUGAGUGUCUCCAUAGUUCGGCCUGUCCUCAGAAUUCUGACUGUCACAACACUUUGGGGAGUUACUCCUGCACCUGCAAGGAUGGCUUUGCUUUGAGGAAUUCACAGUGCGAAGAUGUUGAUGAGUGUCUGCACACCACAGCUUGUCCUGCAAAUGCAACUUGCAGGAACACCCGUGGAAAAUAUUUUUGCACUUGUAAUGAAGGAUUUGCAUCAAGCAGUGGAGAACAGCAGUUUGUGGGUCAAGGAGUUGAAUGUAAAGAUAUUGAUGAGUGUCUCCAAAGUUCUGCCUGUCUUCAGAAUUCUAACUGUCACAACACAGUGGGGAGUUAUUCCUGCACCUGCAAGGAUGGCUUUGUCUUUAGGAAUUCACAAUGUGAAGAUGUUGAUGAGUGUCUGGACACCACAGCUUGUCCCGCAAAUGCAACUUGCAGCAACACUCAUGGAAAAUAUUUUUGCACUUGCAAUAAGGGAUUUGCAUCGAGCAGCAGAGAACAGCGGUUUGUGGGUCAAGGAGUGGAAUGUAAAGAUGUUGAUGAGUGUCUGGAUACCACAUCUUGUCCCGCAAAUGCAGCUUGCAGCAAUACUCAUGGAAGGUAUUUUUGCACUUGCAAUAAGGGAUUUGCAUCGAGCAGUGGAGAAAAGAGGUUUGUAGGUCAAGGAGUGGAAUGUAAAGAUAUUGAUGAGUGUCUCCAUAGUUCGGCCUGUCCUCAGAAUUCUGACUGUCACAACACUUUGGGGAGUUACUCCUGCACCUGCAAGGAUGGCUUUGCUUUGAGGAAUUCACAGUGCGAAGAUGUUGAUGAGUGUCUGCACACCACAGCUUGUCCUGCAAAUGCAACUUGCAGGAACACCCGUGGAAAAUAUUUUUGCACUUGCAAUGAAGGAUUUGCAUCAAGCAGUGGAGAACAGCAGUUUGUGGGUCAAGGAGUUGAAUGUAAAGAUAUUGAUGAGUGUCUCCAAAGUUCUGCCUGUCUUCAGAAUUUCAACUGUCAUAACACAGUGGGGAGUUAUUCCUGCACCUGCAAGAAUGGCUUUGUCUUUAGGAAUUCACAAUGUGAAGAUGUUGAUGAGUGUCUGGACACCACAGCUUGUCCUGCAUAUGCAACUUGCAGCAACACUCAAGGAAAAUAUUUUUGCACUUGCAAAGGGGGAUUUGCAUCGAGCAGUGGAGAACAGCGGUUUGUGGGUCAAGGAGUGGAAUGUAGAGAUAUCGAUGAAUGUUCCUUGGAUCCUGCCCUGUGUGGGCCAAAUGCUGUCUGCAGUAACACCAUAGGGAGGUUCAUAUGUAGUUGCACAACUGGAUUCCUACCUUCUAAAGUUGGCCCUGGGAGACAUGGUGAUCCCAGCCACUUGAACUGCACAAGGGCUCCUUUCAAGUGCCAGAUCGACUUUGUGCAGAAAUAUGCCCUGGAGCAACAGUGCCAAAACCUGUCAUUAGGAGAGAAACACGGGAACUUAUCUGAAUAUGCUUCUUUCUGUGCCUUGAUGAAUGCCACAUCCAGUGCUCUUGAAGACACCUGUGGAAAGAAAGUGAACUCCACCGUCUCAUUGGAGAAAACAGCAAGGAAUUUUGGCUCCAUCCUUGAAAAGACUGCUAUUUGGUCCAACCUGAGUAAGGAAGAAGCCUCCGCCACAGCCACUGCCUUUCUGAAGAGUGUAGAGAGUGCCACAAUGGCCGCUUUUAACACCCCCUCAGUAAACACCAGCCAGAUUGUGAGAAGCGAAUACCUAGACAUUGAAAGCAAAGUCAUCGAAAAAGGCUGCAGCAUGGAAAAAGAAGUGUUCAGACUGAAAGCCAAAGGUGAUAUGCUGCAGAUCGACUGUGAUGCAGUCUCUGGGGAAACGUCCCAAGGCCCCAGUGGAGUGACUUUUGUCUCCUUCGUGGGCCUGGAGUCCAUUCUGGAUGAGAACUUCUUCCACGAGCUACAUGACAGCAGCUCUGCCGGCACCAAGAGGCAGGUAAAGAUGAAUUCUCGAGUAGUGGGGGCCACCAUCACCAUCCAGAAAAGCAUCAACUUCUCCAAACCUGUCAUCUACAUUUUGGAGAAUAUCGUGCCAAAGAUUUACUCAGACCAGUUAAUCUGUGUCUCCUGGGUUUCGGAUGGCCAUGAUGGAUGGUGGACAUCUGCAGGAUGUAAGAUGGAGAACUCCAAUGUGACACAUUCAGUGUGUAGCUGCAGACACUUGGCCAACCUGGCCAUCAUCAUGGCUUCCGGGGAGAUAACGAUGGACUUGGCCUUAUUUGUGAUCAGCCACGUGGGAUUGAUCCUCUCUCUGCUGUGCCUCUGCUUGGCCAUCAUCACUUUUCUACAGUGCCGCUCCAUCCAGAACCCCAACACCUCCAUCCAUCUGCAUCUCUGUGUGUGUCUCUUCCUGGCUGAGCUCCUCUUUCUCACUGGAGUGGACAAGACCGACAACAAGACCUUAUGUGCUGUCAUUGCUGGCCUGCUGCACUACCUCUUCCUGGCUUGCUUCACCUGGAUGCUGGUGGAGGCUGUGAUGCUUUUUCUCACGGUCCGGAACUUGAAAGUUGUGAACUACUUCAGCUCCCGCAACAUCAAGGUGCAGCACCUCUGUGUCUUUGGCUAUGGAUUCCCAGGAGUGAUUGUGGCCGCGGCUGCAGGAAUCCAAUCUAGGGAUUACGGGAUGCACAAUCGCUGCUGGCUGAACACAGAGUCAGGGUUCAUCUGGAGUUUCCUGGGGCCUGUUUGUUGCAUUAUUGUGAUCAAUUUGAUCCUUUUUACAUUGACUUUAUGGAUCCUGAGAGAGAAGCUUGCGACUGUCAACGCGAAUGUGUCUACUCUCAGGAACACCAGGGUACUGACAUUGAAAGCCUCCGCUCAGCUCUUCAUUCUGGGCUGCACCUGGAUUUUAGGGAUUUUCCAGUUGGGCCCCGCAGCCAAAGUCAUGGCAUAUUUAUUCACCAUCAUCAACAGCCUGCAGGGAGUGUUCAUAUUCUUCAUUCACUGCGUCCUCAAUCGCCAGGUGAGAGACGAGUACAGGAGAUGUAUUACGGGGAUCUCAAAACGCAGCACCAAAACCCACACUUCUGGAGUUAUGCUGUCAACUAUCACUUCCAGCUCCAAAACGGGAGAUUGCCCUGGAGUUUCCUUGGACAAAGCUUAAUGCAAUAACAGGCGGGCAUCGGGAUGGAUGGGGCUCCUAUCUCCUUUAACAACCUGUCCCUGCAGGGUGAGGUGGGAGGUCAACUUUCUCCUGCUGACAGUCUGGGAAAACUUUGGAGAGCUCGCUUUCUUCCUCAGGUUGGGGACAUCCCACCUAGUUCUCGACGACCCCGCUGGACAACAGAAGAGGAAAGCGUAUGAUUGGAAAACUCUACCUUGCAUUUUUUCUCCUUUUUUUUUCUAAAGCUUACUAUCGAAAUGAAGAAUGCUAGCAUUAAAGAAAGUCCUAAAGAUUUGUAACGUGAGCAUCGGCAAUACAGUUAGGAUGACAGCC